GACCGAACAGGCUGACGUCUGUCCCACCUUGCGUGCGCCCUGGGGCUGCCAGCCUCACCUUGGCCGGCCCAGGCUGUUCAGCACGGGCCAGAGGCAGGACAAGGAACCAGCCUCAGUGCCUGUUUGCACUGAGCUACAGCUGGGCACCUGCCUCUGCCGGCCCCGCCUCCCCCAGAGACCCCCCCUGUCCUGGCUGCAGCCAGGUGUCGGGGCCCAGGCCUCGGGAUGGGCGUCCAGGACACCUCCAAGUCGCUGGAUGAGGAGCUGUACUCUCGGCAGCUGUGUGUGCUGGGCUUGCCGGCCACGCAGAGGCUUCAGGAGGGUAAGGUCCUGCUGUCAGGCCUCCAGGGCCUGGGGGCUGAGGUGGCCAAGAACCUGGUCCUGAUGGGCGUGGGCAGCCUCACUCUGCACGACCCCCACCCUGCCUGCUGGUCCGACCUGGCUGCCCAGCUUUUCCUCUCGGAGCAGGACUUGGGAAGGAGCAGGGCUGAAGCGACUCAGGAACUUGUGGCCAAGCUCAACGGAGCCGUCCAGGUCCGCGUCCACACAGGCGACAUCACGGAGGAGCUGCUGCAGGACAUCCAGGUGGUGGUGCUGACCACCUCCAGCCUGGAGGAGCAGCUGAAGGUGGGCACCUUGUGCCGCAAGCGCGGAGUCUGCUUUCUGGCGGCUGACACCCGGGGCCUCGUGGGGCAGCUGUUCUGUGACUUUGGUGAGGACUUCACCGUCCAGGACCUUACAGAGGAAGAGCCCCAGGCAGCCGCCAUCCAGCACAUCUCUAAGGGCUCCCCUGGCGUUGUCACUCUGAGAGAAGAUGCCCACAACUUCCGUGCCGGGGACUUGGUGACUUUCUCCGGCAUCGAGGGCAUGGUCGAGCUCAACGGCUGUGCUUCCAGGCUCCUCCGCGUGCAGGAGGGCGGGACCUUGGAGAUCGGGGACACGACAACCUUCUCCGCUUACUUGCGUGGUGGAGCUGUCACUGAGGUGAAGACACCCAAGACAGUGAGGCAUGAGCCCCUGUAUGCAGCCCUGCUCCAGCCUCGCGUGGUGGCCCAGAGUCCCCGGGAAGCUCACCGCGCCCGCUGCCUGCACCAGGCCUUCCGUGCCCUGCACGAGUUCCGGCGCCUCAGCGGCCGCCCACCCCAGCCCUGGGACCCUGCUGAUGCAGAAAGGGUGGUGGGCCUGGCCCGGGACCUGCAACCACUGAGGGGGCCGGCGGGAGAGCCUUUGGAAGAGCCCCUGGACGAGGCUCUGGUGAGGGCCGUCGCCCUGAGCAGCGGCGGUGUGCUGAGCCCCAUGGCAGCCACGCUGGGCGCCGUGGCCGCCCAGGAAGUGCUGAAGGCGGUCUCCAGGAAGUUCCUGCCCCUGGACCAGUGGCUGUAUUUCGACGCCCUCGACUGCCUCCCGGAUGACGAGCAGCUGCUUCCCAAGCCCGAGGACUGCGCACCGAGAAGCUGCCGCUACGACGGGCAAAUCGCGGUGUUUGGGGCCGGUUUCCAGGAGAAGCUGAGCCGCCAGUGCUACCUCCUGGUGGGCGCUGGUGCCAUCGGCUGCGAGCUGCUCAAAGGCUUUGCCCUCGUGGGCCUGGGGCUCCGGGGCCGAGGGGCCGUGACCGUGGCCGACAUGGACCACGUGGAGCGCUCCAACCUCAGCCGUCAGUUCCUCUUCAGGCCCCGGGACGUUGGUAGGCCCAAGGCAGAAGCGGCUGCCGAGGCCGCCCGCCGCUUGAACCCAGACCUGCAGGUGGACCCGCGCACCCACCCUCUGGAUCCCUCUACAGAGCGUAUCUAUGGAGACGACUUCUUCUCCCGCGUGGACGGUGUGGCUGCCGCCCUGGACAGCUUCCAGGCCCGGCACUAUGUGGCUGCUCGCUGCACCCACUAUCUGAAGCCACUGCUGGAGGCAGGCACGCAGGGCACCCGGGGCAGCGCCUCGGUGUUCGUGCCGCUGGUGACCGAGGGCUACAGAGGGCCGGCCUCGGAGGCCGCGGCUUCUGAGGACGCGCCCGACCCCAUCUGCAGCGUGCGGCACUUCCCCAGCACAGCCAGGCACACCUUGCAGUGGGCCCGGGAUGAGUUUGAGGGGCUCUUCUGUCGCUCUGCCGAGGCCAUCAACUGCCACCAACAGGCACUCACCUCCCUGGCAGACGGGGGACCGCCGCUGCUGCCCCUGCUGCGGGUGGUGGUGGGUGUCCUGAGACAGCGUCCACGGAACUGGCGAGACUGCGUGCUGUGGGCCCUCGGCCACUGGCAGCUGUGCUUCCGUCACAGCAUCAAGCGGCUGCUCAGGCACCACCCACCUGACGAAGUGCUUGAGGAUGGAACACGUUUCUGGUCGCGUCCCAGACAGUGUCCUCAGCCCUUGGAGUUUGACGCCAGUCAAGACACGCAACUCCUCUACGUGCUGGCGGCGGCCAACCUGUACGCCCGGAUGCACGGGCUGCCUGGCUCCCGGGACCCGCCGCGGCUCAGGGAAAUGCUGCAGUCCCUGCUGCUGCUGCCUGCUCCCCAGCACCUGGACCCCGUCUUCCCUGAUGACCUGGCUUCCACGGAGCCUGACCCUGGGCAGGCGGAGAGGCUGCGCGACGCCCUGCGAGACUGGAGCUCGGGCCCCUCGCUGGAGCCCCUGAGGUUUGAGAAGGACGAUGACAGCAACUUCCACGUGGGCUUCGUGAUGGCGGCAGCCAGCCUUCGAGCUCAGAACUACGGGAUCCCACCGGCCAGCCGCACCCAGAGCAAGCGGAUCGUGGGCCGGAUCAUCCCAGCCAUCGCCACCACCACGGCGGCCGUGGCGGGCUUGGUGGGCCUGGAACUGUUCAAGGUGGUGGGCGGGCCGAGGCCCCUCCGUGCCUUUCGCCACAGCUAUCUGCGCCUGGCUGAAAACUCCUUCAGCCGCUUUGUGCCCGGGGCCCCGGCCGCCCAGGAGUUCCAUCACCUGAGCUGGACCUGUUGGGACCGCCUGAAGGUGGCUGCUGGGCAGCCGGAGAGGACCCUGAAGUCACUCCUGGACCAUCUCCAGGAACAACAUGGGCUGAGGGUGAGGAUGCUGCUGCGAGGCGAAGCCGUGCUCUACUCGGCAGGAUGGCCCCCCGAGCAGCAGGCCCAGUGCCUGCCCCUCCGGGUGACAGAAUGGGUGGAGCGGAAGACAGGCUGGGUGCCCACGCCUUGGCAGCGGGUGCUGGUCCUGGAACUCAGCUGUGAGGGCGAGGAGGACGACACCGCCUUCCCGCCCCUGCACUACGAGCUGUGACAAAGCGGCAGCCCCACCACCACCUCUACGGAGCUCUGCGUCCCAGGCCCACAGCAGGCGCUCAAUAAAUGCUUGUUGAAGG